UUUCCGGAAGUCUUACCACUCGCUUCAAAGAUGGAGGACGAAAUUUUAGACUUUAGCAGACCUCAUAUGUACUUGUUUGGUUGUACCUUGAAAUCGGAUAAACGGGAGUUCAGAGUUGACAUAGACGACGAUGAUGCAGAGCAACAGCUGUCACUCAAAGCAGUGUGUCUUGGAGCUGAUGCUGAGGACAAAUUUCACAUGGUGGAAGUCGAAGGGCUAACGUACGACGCAAAGACCACCAAAGUGCCGCUAGUUGUACUGAAACCUUCUGUCCUCCCUUCUAUGAAUCUAGGUGGGUUCGAAAUCACUCCUCCAGUUACCUUUCGCCUCCUUUCUGGCUCCGGACCAGUUCAUAUCAGUGGGCAGCAUUUUGUUAGUGUGAAGGAUUCAGACGAUGAAGAAGAAGAGCACAACACGUCGCCCGUGAAGCGGCCUGCAAACCUGACAUCAGGGAAAAAGCCUCCAUUGAAAAAACUAAAAAUGGAGUCGGAUGAGGAUGAAGACGAUGAUGAUGAUGAAGAAGACAGUGAUGAAGAUGAUGAUGAUGAUGAUGAUGAUGACAGUGAUGAAGAUGAUGUGAAGCCUCAGAAGAACGUGGAAAAAGUGCUCAGUAAAAGCCCAGAGUCUACAUCUAAGAAACCCAACAAGUCACCUGUGAAACAGAACGGCCCUGCAGAAAAACCAUCAGGAUCAGCAGUUAAAUCUCAGAUAAAGAAAAAUGCUCCAGGAAAAGACAAACCUCAAGCUGGCCCGUCUAAAGCUCCGUCUCUGACUGAGGUAAAGAGCAAGUUGUCAACAGCAGCCAAGGAGGGGAAACCACUACCAAAGACAGAGCAGAAGUUUGAGAACUUUGUGAAGAGUAGUUUUAAGAUCUCAGACAAAAAAGUAAGUGGUCAAGGAUCUCUGGAGUUUUAUGCAAACACUGAAGACUGAGAAGAAGUAACACAAAUUUAUGUUGAAGCAUUUGUAUGUUUUCCUGCCAGACAUUUAAAGGCACAGUCAGCGAAAUUUCCUACUUAGCCAUGUCCUGUCAGCACAGCAGGAAUAUGGUCAGAAGGGCUGAAAUUUGUCAUAUUUGUUAAAGCUGUUAAUGCAUAGAUUCAGGUAUCAUUGUUUUUCUUUUCUUUUUAUUUUAGAUGCAAAGCACCAGUGGAGGUGGCUCACUCACACAUUCAAUCUGUCACGAUUAGCAGACUAUAAAUUUUUCACAAGGGGAAACUUGUAUAUAAAUGGUGCCGUUCAGACAAACUUCAGCCAUAAAAAUCAUUAGCACUACCUGUUAGGGUUUGCAGAUGUUUAUGUUGCUCACUCUAGGAAUAGCCCACCUAAACUUGUGCUGUGUCUUCGUAACAAAAUGUUAAACUGGAUCUUUUCUAAAUGCAACCAACAAGUGAAUAUUCAGGUAAUUGGCUAAAAUCAAAGACUAUAACUGAAGUUUACAAAGCUAAAAUCUGAUUAAACCAAGAAUCUAACUGAAUAGAUUCUGAGUAAUUAAUCAGUGGUAAGGUUUUUUGCACACCAUAUCAUCAGCGGUAUUGUAUAGUCUUGCAAGAAUUCACUAUAGACAAAGAUUCUACACAGGAAGUAUAAGCAGCUACAGUUGUAACUCUUGUUACCUGCAGCCAGGUAGUGUAGCUGUCCAAUAGCAGAGGUAAUUUCCCCAGAUGCAGAGUGAGAUCGGCAUUCCAUCACCUUACACGCUUCACAUGUAGACUGCAGGUCUAGAACAGCUGGUUUCAGGUGCUUUGCAUGUGUGACACCGUGUGUCCACGAUAAUUGAACAAUGCAUAAGGAGAUGUUGCAGAAUGUGCCUUUAAAUAUCUUCUCUGUCACCAGAGGUAAAUCAGAGUCCUGAUAUGUGAGAAUUUGAGCAGUGAAUACAAGUUUGUUGAAGACAGCGUAGACAAGACAGUUGGACAUUUUUUAUAUUAUUAGCCAGUGACAAAAAUGGUUUCUUUUGCUUCUAUUUUUGCUUGUUGACAUGAUGUACAUGAAAUUUUGUCUGGCAUAAUUGCAACUAUUCCAGUUGUACAAACAUUAAUUGUUGCUCCAUUUAGUUAAAUCUUUCAGCUCAGUAUGCAGGGACUGAGUCUUUCCAGCAGCAGAAAGGUUAUUUUUGUUUCCAUCCGCAAGAAAGCAAAUAAACAAAACUAUGCUUAUGGAAAAAAAAAAAUUUAAGGAAAACUCAAUGCAUUAUAGAAACUGUAAAAUAAGGUGAUUGGAUCGUUAACUCGAGGACUACAUUGACAAGACAGCACUUGCACUAUUUUCAGUGUAUUUUAGUCUGUUGUAUGGAACUAAAAGCAGAAAAGCAUUAUAAUAGAAGCAGGUUCUCUUUUUAAUGCAUUGUAAUGACGAUGUAGAGCACGUGAAAAUAACAUCAGGGCAGCAUCAUUGUUUGCUCUCUGGUGUGCCAUUGCUUUGAUGUCAGUGAGCAUGCAGUCAUACUGAGCUUAAAAUGUCUUUGUAAUCCUCUAAUUCCUUUAAGAACCAAAUGUUUGUUGCUGUAUACCAUCCUUAACCUGUGAGACAGUUUGGUUGCAGCUUAUCUGUAAACAGUAUUUCUUUUUAUCUGUUGACUUCUAUUCAUUCAUAUCAUGUAUGUUGCCCUGAUAAUUUACAUACAGCUUAUUUUUGUGUUUGCGGUUGCUUUGAGUCCCUAAUGGUUUUUUUUUUUUUUUUUGCACAAAUUCAGAGCAGAGUCAGUGAUCUUUGGUAAUCCCAUGGCACAAAGCAUUUUUAGGGUAAUGUUUUGCUUUUAUUCACAGAUCUGGCAGCUGAGCAGUUAUGUUUUAAAUUUAUGUUUAAUUUACCCUUGUUAAAAGCUGUUUUUGCAGCUCUGAUCUUUUGUCAUUGUGUUAAUUUAAAAAGUUGUGCUUUAGUUUGGUAUAAAAGUGUUUUUAGUAUUAAUGUCCUUUUUUUACCUUUUUCAACUGCUGUCCUGUUUUUGUUAACUUUUUAUUUUUAUUUGCCAUCCUUUGAUUCUAUCCGUUGAUUAAUUAAUAGGAGGCAAUACGUCCAAAUAUAUGUCCAUACGCCAGCUUUGGCACAAAAUUGGUUUAAAAUGUUGCUUUCAAAUACAGUUUCUAGCCCUAUGUAGUUCAUGUAAUAUUCUUUAUGCUUUGCAGUUAGCUUUAUAGAUAAGUGAUAUUUGAUUUAGACCUAUUUGCAUGCUACUCAACAUGUUAAACAUUAAAUAUGGAAUGGCAUAAUAAAGUUCUCAUGACAUAUUUUGACGCUUAAGUUUUGGUGACCACCCUGAAGAAGUCCUGAGAUUUAUUUUUGUCUGCUCUAUCAAACCAGUAAUUCUCUGUGUGUAUUUCUCAUUGACUUGUAUCCAUAGCCUAAACUGUCAGCCAGAAAGCAAAAUCAAAUGGAUUGUAAUAAACUUUGUACUGUAGUUGAGCCUAAAUUAAAAUGAGUGGCGGGACUGA